AAUACACUAGUAGUGUGGUGUUUGCUUCCAUUAUCUAAUAACAUCCUUUUCCCUUUUUGUGCUCAAAAAACACAAGAAUGAUGGCAUGCCAAAAUUGGCCUGAGCCAGUGGUUAGAGUCCAAGCCUUAGCUGAAAGUGGCUUAACCACAAUCCCUGAACGUUUCAUAAAACCCAAGUCCCAAAGGCCUACUAUUUACACCACCCAUGUUUCUCACACUACUCAAGAGGACAUCAACAUCCCCAUAAUUGACAUGAAACACCUCUAUGGCGGGGACAAGGGGCGGCGGGAGGAGGAGCUCCACCGUGUGGCGGCGGCGUGUCAAGAAUGGGGUUUUUUUCAGGUGGUGAACCAUGGUGUGAGCCAUGAGUUGAUGAAGAGUGCUAGGGAGGUGUGGCGUGAGUUCUUUCACCAACCAAUUGAGGUGAAAGAGGAAUAUGCUAAUACACCCCUCACUUACGAAGGCUAUGGAAGCAGGUUGGGAGUGAAAAAAGGAGCCAUUUUGGAUUGGAGUGACUAUUUCUUUCUCCAUUACAUGCCUUGUUCCCUUAGGGACCAAGCCAAGUGGCCAAACCUCCCAACAUCCUUAAGGAAUGUGAUCGGUGAAUACGGUGAGGAAGUUGUUAAGCUAGGAGGAAGGGUUCUUGAGAUACUGUCAGAGAAUCUUGGGCUGAGAAAGGAUUUUCUGCUGAAUGCAUUUGGUGGGGAAAAAGAUGUUGGUGCUUGCUUAAGGGUGAAUUUCUAUCCAAAGUGCCCACAACCUGAUCUCACUAUGGGUUUGUCCUCUCACUCAGACCCUGGUGGCAUGACCAUUCUUCUCCCUGAUGAAAACGUUUCUGGUCUUCAAGUUCGCAGAGGAGACGAUUGGAUCACUGUUAAACCCACCCCAAAUGCUUUUAUCAUCAACAUUGGUGACCAAAUUCAGGUGCUGAGCAAUGCUGUUUACAAGAGCAUAGAGCACAGGGUGAUUGUGAACUCAGACAAAGAUAGAGUUUCAUUGGCUUUCUUUUAUAACCCCAGGAGUGAUAUACCUAUUCAACCUGCCAAGGAGCUUGUGACUGAGGAUAGGCCAGCACUGUACCCAUCAAAAACAUUUGAUGAGUAUAGACUUUACAUUAGGACAAAAGGACCUAGUGGAAAAGCUCAAGUUGAAUCUUUGAUUUCCAAAUGUGAUUCAAGUUGAGUAGUUUGAAGAACACACGAUUAAUUUGCAUAUGAAUAAUUGAUCAUCGAUUGUAUUUUCAUUUGAGUCUCAAUUAAUCAAUAUCCCACUCUUAUCUCUCA